GAACACUGCCCACCUACACCAUCAGUGUCCAAGUGUUCCAGAGCUAGAAAGAACACUGCCCACCUACACCAUCAGUGUCCAAGUGUUCCAGAGCUAGAAAGAACACUGCCCACCUACACCAUCAGUGUCCAAGUGUUCCAGAGCUAGAGAGAACACUGCCCACCUACACCACCAGCAUGCCACCCAAGCAAGCUCAAGGUGCCACCAGGAAGCUCAGUAAGGAAGAGCGGGAGAAGCUGAGACAACUGGAGCUGGAGAGGAAGCAAAGGGAAGCUGAGGAGGCCAGGAUCCGAGAGGAGGAAGAGGAAGCAGCGAGGAAGGAGAGAGAGGCGGAGGAGGCGGCGAGGCGGGAGGAGGCGAGGCUGGAGCAGCAGCGGCAGCGGCAGGUGCAACUCAAAGCUACCAUCACCGUUACAACACAGCUCGAUCUUACCAUGGACCUCACAAGGGACCGUCUUAAGGACAAAGAAGAGUGGGAGCGGAUGAUGAGGUGUGAUGGCUUGCCUGACCCGACUAGUGUGCCAGAGAUGAACAGGUACUUGAGCCUAUGGCGGGCUGACCCAGACACAGCUACAUUACAUGGAGCUUUGGCCAAGACAGACCAAGUCAUUCAUGUGAUCUCGGAGCUGGAAGGAGUUGUGGAGGAGACCAGAGACGCUACUGAGAAGCAGCUCAGGGACUGGAAGGAGAUCUGGUUGGAGCUACAGGAGGCGCAGAAGGAGAAGUUGAACGAGGCUACAUACCACCAGCUGCUGGACCUCCGUCCUCAUCUCGACCACGAAACUAUGGUGUAUUCCUUCUUCACAUCAUCACCCCUGGUGUCCCUGGCUCUCUGGAGCAACACAACUCGUUCUCCCAAGAACAACUCUCAUGAGGUGACGGAGUUGGGGUUCACGUUCACUCUACCAGGUGACCUCGUGGAGACAGAGUGUGUAGUGAGGGUGAUGAGGACUGAAUAUGACCAUUACUCAAAGUUUGCCAGGACAUACAACCCACCAGUGGUGCCCGAGGAACAAACUACACUCCUAGAGGACGGGGGAGAGGAAGAGGAGGUGGAGCCUGAGGAACAACCUCCUCCCAAAGAGGGCGGAGGAAAACCAGAGGGAAACUCCAAGGAAAAGAUGGGAGCACCGCCGGUGGUGGUGAAGAAACACAAGCCAGUGCACCUGACGGAGACGGCGCCGGGGGAACUCAAUCUUCGACGGUACCGCAUCCAGGGCGGCGUGUACACCAUCGACCUGCUGGAGGUACCACCACAGCCUCGUGUUAUGGCUGAUUGUACCAUCACACAAGUGGAGGAGGUGUGCACUGUGUCGCGGGUUCACUGGGUGGCACAGUACAACCCGCCAGCGGCACCAGAAGCGGCUGGCCAGCGGCGCCGCGACCCCGAGGCUGUAGAACAGGAAAUGAGACAACUGGAGAAGGAACUGCAGAAGCUUCUCCUCAUUACCAUCAAGUUACCGGAUUCUGCGUUUUGGUUCGAGCCUCCGCAGAUGGUGCUGUGGGAUGAGAAGAAGAGGUGCUGGUCCAACGAGUACUUCCAUGAUGUCAAGUAUAACGAGGACCAGUGUGUCAUGCAGGUGCGGACGACACGGCUAGGUGUGAUGGGACUGGCUAUGAACAGGUUCGCCAAUCUACCCUUCCAGAGUUGGGAACUGAAGCCUGAGGGAGGCCAUGCUGUCACCCUCACUCUCAUCGCAGCUGUGGUCGUGGCUGACUUCACUAUCAUGGAGGAAGGUCAAGUAUGCUUGGCCAACCUACAGGAUGGCGCCCGCACUGCUCUCUCUCACCUCUACGGCAAGCCUAUGAAACCCAACGCUCUCAUUAAGACGCUGCAGUUUUACGGGAUCAACUUGUUUCCUGACCGCGACUCUUACUGUUACAUGGACGGUCUGCCCACCAAACACAGGGUCACCGAGCAGCACUUGUACCGCUGUAUGGCACUUGUGGCACCUGCUCUACACUUCGCCUGGAGUCGCUGGAACCUCCUGGCUGGCAAGACAAAACUGGUGUUCCAGAUGAAGACAAAGAUACUGUCUGCUGAUGACACACAGGUAGGUCAGCCGCUGGUUUUAGUGACGCCUCAGAGAACAGCAGUACUGGAGUGUUCGGAGAUCUCUCAGUCUUUCUCCACUGCUGAGGAGGAACCAGAAAAGUACUACGCUGAUCUAUACCAAUUAGUGCUGGGAGAGGCUGAUGACGGGGCGAAGCAGGUGCUGCAGGAGGCGUCACCAGUGUUCAUCCACACCAUUCAUCACAUGCUCAAGUCUGCCUCAGUCAUUUCCUACUGCUGACCUGCCCUAAUGCUGCUGCUGCUGCUGCUCCUGUUGGUUGUUAUUUAUGGUGCCGUUGCUGUUAUUUAUGGUGAUAGCGGUGGUGGUGUUACUACCAGUGUUGCUAUGCUUCUCAAGUCUCUAUCACCUACUGUUGCUUGCACUUCUAGUGGAUCAAUAGCCCUUCACCAUAAUCAAGGCACUUCCUUGAAGGGACAUCAUUAGCAAAACGGAGAAACAGCCUCUGCUGUUGCUGACACAUGAUCUGACUCCUGUCAGAUCAUGUCUGUCAGCAACAGCAGAGUCUCCACUACAGAACCUUGCGUACCUCGCUUCCUUUUGUAAUUUUUGCUGUGACCUAAUUCAUGUCUGUAUAAAUAACUCAUGAUUGUAACCAGAUAUAAACAUGUAUAGUUUAUUAC